UUAUAGCAACAUACAUUAGGUCAUUUGUGAAAUCGAAUAGUUGCAGAGAGAAGAGAAAAAUGGGAAGCAGAUUGGGAAGAAGAGUGGUGUACUUCGCAAACCUACCAAUCAAGCUUCUCCUGCCAACCAACUUCACCGACAUCCAUGAAAUCGCUCUCAAAACCAUUCCAUCAGCUUCCAAGAUUGAAAUCAAGCGCGUUCUCGAAUCCCUCUACGGAUUCGAUGUCGAAAAGGUUCGAACAUUGAACAUGGACGGAAAGAAGAAGAAACGUGGCGGAAUUGUGAUUGCAAAACCUGAUUACAAAAAGGCUUUUGUAACGUUAAAAACCCCGCUUUUGAUUAACCCCAAUCUUUUUCCGAUUCGAGAGAUUGAAGAGGAUAAGAAGAGUUUGAAUAAACAGGCUAUGGCUGCUAGUAUUGUUGAGGAAGCGCCGGGGAAGAGUCAUUGGCUUGAUGAGAAUAAGAACACUCGUGGGUUUAAGCCGCAAAAUGGGUAUCACAGGGGAGGGUUUAACCGUUCUGGUUCGAAUCUGUUUGAGAGUUCCGGUUCGAAUCAGGGACGGUUUGACCGUUCUGGUUCAAGCAGGGGAAGGUUUGAGCGACCCGGUUCCAACCGGGCUGAUGGUUCUGCUGCCAAGUUUCCUUGGAGUAACAUGAGGACUGGUAGGAGUAAUGCUACCAGGUAGUUUUUUUUUGGGGGUUUUGUUUGUGGCUUUUAGCUUGUUUUGUUGAUUAGUGAUGAUAGUGUCGUUUCUGAUGAAAUAAUGUUUUUUCCGAGAUGUUAUCUAACUAUGAUGCUGUUGUUAGAAUGUAGCAGGUAUUACCUGUUAUUAAAUUGAAAAAAAUAUGUUGCUGAAUUGUGAAACAAUGCAUUGCUGUUAUGAAAUGUUGAUUGUAGUAGUUUGGUUUUCUUUCGA